GGAUAGUCUCAGUCUUUUGACAUCAUGAUCCACCUUGGCCUCCCAACGUGCUGCAGUUACAGGCGUGAGCCACCGUGUCCGGCCUUCUUGUUCUUUUGUCCUGGGGAAGCUUUCUUCAUGGCAAAGUUAAGCAGUUCCACAUCUGCAUUCCCCAGAUCAGCACACCAAAGGUGAACAGCUUGGUUUUUCCCCUACUUUCAGUUACAGGUACCAGCUGUUAGCAAACUAUGCAAAUCUCAAUGAGGUUUUGUUUCCUAAUUCUGUUCACGUACUAGGAAGCUUGCCUACAGCAUGAUACAAAGGUAAAGCCCUGCUUUAAGAAAAACAUGAGGCUGGUUUAAUACGUACUUCUUAGGAAGUGUUUAUUUUUUAAUUGCCUUUAAUAAUUUCUCAUAAAGAACAAUGAGUCUUAAGAGUUGUGAAGGACCUUGGAGAUGAAAUAUUUCAGUCUGCAAUCCGAGUCACGACUGUCUCUUUAGCAUCCCAGAGAUGACAGGACAGUCCUCUUCUGCUUCUGUGUAUUCCGUGAGAAGUAUGUCACUGCCACCUUUUCAUCCCAUUCUUGGAUGGUGCUAGAUGUGAAAAAUAAGUUAAAUUGAGUUGAAAUUCACCCCACUGUCACUUUGCUCUUGGUUCUGGUUUUUCCACGUGAAACCAAAUAGGGCAUAUUCUUUCUACAUUAAGUCUAGAGACAGAACUUUGGAAUCAGAUAUGGAUUUGAUUUUCAGCUUUGCCAUUUACCCAAAAUGGAACUGUUACUUUCUGUAUCAGUCUUUUUCAUCGAAUACUUGCAAACUAAUUGCUGAAUGAAUAGGCAGUUAUUUUAUUAAUGCAACAAAAGUUUAUGUUAGCAUUUUAAUAUUUGUGUUGUAUUCACAUUGAUCAUUUUUACUUGGACUAUAGCCAAAGUCAGAAUUCUUCUUUUGUGGAUUUUUUAAAACUUAAAUAUAUGCCUUUACAGUUAACUCUAUUAAGUUUUAUUUAAGUUGGCUGAGGUAAUUCUGAUCAUAUGCCUCUCAUCCCGUCUAUAAACUCUUCUUCCCCACUUUAUGGCUUCCAUAUUAGAUGAGUAUUCUCUCUCUGUCUUUAUAUUAAUUAUUUGGAAGGGAAAAAGAUUGAAUGGGACAGGACCUGUGAAAGAUCCCUGUGGCAUACCACCACUAGAUAGGAUACCUAUCAGGUAGGGAUACCUUCCAGGUAGGCAUAGACUGAUCUUAUAAUUAACAAGUCUAUUGUGAUUAUGUUUUCUGGCAUAUAAAUCUCUUUGCUGCUAUAUGCCAUAAACGACACAUUAUCAGUUUUGCAAAAAUGCACAAUGGUACUACGUAUCAAUUGACUGGCUAUUGACUGUCAGUCUAACCCAUAAGAAAAAGUCAAGAUAGACUGUCAAGUUAUUUACUGAAAUCAGGUGCACUGCUUGGCGCUCCGCAAAAUCUUUACCAAGUACCCUGUUUCACUUUGCUAAUCUACUCAUGGUGAAUCUAAAACCUUCUACUUAAGCUUAGGCAAGACAUCUUCUUGGGUCAGUGGUAACAAACUGUUGUUAAUUUAUCUACUCUGAGUGAUUUUAACAGAGAAAACAAGACUUUUUGUCUGAGAGGAGUUUUUCACCUGGAGAGACAGCUGCAACGUAUCUGAAAUGUUAAAUGUUAAACAUUUUGUUAUUGAGUAAGAGGGAGUGUGUUUUAUUAUUUUGCUCACAACCCUGUGUGUGCAUUCGGGUGUGUUUUCUGUGAUUGGACAUUUGUGAGAAUAGGCUUUCGUAUUUUGUUUUCCAUUUUAAAAUUGACUGUAGAAUAUUCACUAAUGCAAAAAGACGGAUUGGGGAAUCACUGGGAAAUACUUGGAGUCAAUCUAUUAUGUACAUGUGCAAGGUAUUGACUACAGAGUGAGACAUCUUUGCUUAGUUACGUCGUUUUUCUCUGAAUUUUCUUUUAAUUCUCAAAAAGUAAUUUAGAACUAUAACACCUUGGUUCGUAUGAGUAUAAAAUUAUAUGUAAGACAACUUCAGGUGUGUUGAUAGAACUGCAAUUAAAUUGUUCUCUGGUGUAAGAAAAAUAUGGGAGGUAUGUAUAUUAUAAGUACACGUCUAUUGACUGGCUAAAGAAGAAAAGUAGUUUUUAAAAUGCCUAGGGUAUGCCAUGCUAAGGAAUGUGCUGGAAGUUGUAAGGUACCAUCCAAUUUAAAUAGGGGAGAGCAAGGAUCACCUGUGUGUUCAGAAGGCUUUUAUAGGUAGCAGCUGUCGCAGUGAUCCACUUGAGAAAAAACAAGUACAAACUAAGGUGGUGUCAGAGAGAAGGAGUGAAAAAGAAACAUUCAAGUCAUUACAUAGAUUGAUUGGGCAAGGUGAGUGACAGAUCAGAUGAGGAGCAAGGGAUGGGAAACAGAAAAGACCAAUCUCGGUGGAGCCCAUUAUCUAGGCUGGCAAGACGAGAAGGAAGAGCCUGUAAAAGGGUUCCCGGAGAGAGAGGAGGGAAAUCACAGAGGGGUCGAGGAAGGAGAACUUCAGGAAGGAAAGAGUGAUCCUGCCCAAUCAGAUGCUGCAUAGAAUUCAGGCUUGCAGCCAAUUUACUGGAGCAGGGAUGACGUAGCCCAGUGGCUCAAGUGGGCUGAAAAUGAGUUUUCUUUACGGCCAAUUGACAGUAACACGUUUGAAAUGAAUGGGAAAGCUCUCCUGCUGCUGACCAAAGAGGACUUUCGCUAUCGAUCUCCUCAUUCAGGUGAUGUGCUCUAUGAACUCCUUCAGCAUAUUCUGAAGCAGAGGAAACCUCGGAUUCUUUUUUCACCAUUCUUCCACCCUGGAAACUCUAUACACACACAGCCAGAGGUCAUACUGCAUCAGAACCAUGAAGAAGAUAACUGUGUCCAGAGGACCCCCAGGCCAUCCGUGGAGAAUGUGCACCACAACCCUCCCACCAUUGAACUGUUGCACCGCUCCAGGUCACCCAUCACCACAAAUCACCGACCUUCUCCUGACCCCGAGCAGCGGCCCCUCCGGUCCCCCCUGGACAACAUGAUCCGCCGCCUCUCCCCAGCUGAGAGGGCGCAGGGACCCAGGCUGCACCAGGAGAACAACCACCAGGAGUCCUACCCCCUGUCAGUGUCUCCCAUGGAGAAUAAUCACUGUCCAGCGUCCUCCGAGUCCCACCCGAAGCCAUCCAGCCCCCGGCAGGAGAGCACACGCGUGAUCCAGCUGAUGCCUAGCCCCAUCAUGCACCCUCUGAUCCUGAACCCCCGGCACUCCGUGGAUUUCAAACAGUCCAGGCUCUCCGAGGACGGGCUGCAUAGGGAAGGGAAGCCUAUCAACCUCUCCCAUCGGGAAGACCUGGCUUACAUGAACCACAUCAUGGUCUCUGUCUCCCCGCCUGAAGAGCACGCCAUGCCCAUUGGGAGAAUAGCAGACUGUAGGCUGCUUUGGGAUUACGUCUAUCAGUUGCUUUCUGACAGCCGGUACGAAAACUUCAUCCGAUGGGAGGACAAAGAAUCCAAAAUAUUCCGGAUAGUGGAUCCCAACGGACUGGCUCGCCUGUGGGGAAACCAUAAGAACAGAACAAACAUGACCUAUGAGAAAAUGUCCAGAGCCCUGCGCCACUACUACAAACUAAACAUUAUCAGGAAGGAGCCAGGACAAAGGCUUUUGUUCAGGUUUAUGAAAACCCCAGAUGAAAUCAUGAGCGGCCGAACAGACCGUCUGGAGCACCUAGAGUCCCAGGAGCUGGAUGAACAAAUAUACCAAGAAGAUGAAUGCUGAAGGAACCAACAGUCCACCUCAGUGGGCCAGCAGCCCAGGGAACCCCUGCCCACCAGGAUUGCUGGAGGUGUGACCGAGCAGGCGGGCUAAGGAGAGUGGAAAAGGAAGCAACCCAGAAAUGGCAGGGACACUUCUCUUGCAGACCAAGAGGGACCCUGGAGCACCUUAGACAAACCACCCAGCAAAGGCGGGGCUGGAAUUCUGGCGGAGGGCAUGAGGCUGGGACUCGCAUGUCACGUUUCCUUCUCAUUUGGAAUCUCUCCAUCUGUAAUUCCUCACCCUCACCCUUCCACUGUUGUUAGUUUCAUGGUGUUUUUGUUUUUGUUUUUUUAAGAACAUGCAGUUUGACUCUUCAUCAUUCAUCUAGGGGAAGACAUCUGAUGUUGUUUUCCUGUGGAAAUAUAUAUCUAUUAUAUAUAUUUUUUGCAAAUCUCACAAAGUGCGGCAAGCCCAGCUGGUCAGGAGAGAGAAUACUUGCAGAGGGGUUCAGAUUCCUCUUUUUCCUGCCACAUGGAUUAGGUUUGUUCCUGUUACUGUUGGGUCUUGGCUGAAAAAAAAAAUAUGCUUUUAAAAAAGAUAAAAGGAGAGCUCUCUUUUUCUCUCUCUCACUCUGUUCCCCCCGUGGUCCCCUCUGUUUUCCCUCCCUGCCUGCUAUUGAGAUUCAGAUGCCUUCUGGCAGAGUUCAGCCUCUUAGUCUUGCGGAUUGUUGGCACCUAAACAGAAUCAGUGACCUGGGUGCUUUGUGGCCAGCAGCACAGACUCAAACACACAUCCCAGCAUUUGGCCACCCAUCUGAGGGAGGCCCAAAUCAUCACAGAUGCUGCUGUACUGCAGAUACAUGCUAGUCCAAAGAGCUGUCCCUGAGACGGCUGUGAGCACCACACGCCUAAGGCAUAAGAUAAGGAUGAAAGGCUGUCCAAGUUAGUUGGAAGGCCUCGACAGCUUGGGAUUAGCUUGGGAGCGCUGCAAAGUGGAAAAUAUGAAAAGAUCACACAGGCCCGGCAGUCCAGAAACUGGGCAAAAAUAUUCUGCAGUGGGGAUUUAUUUUUCCAAAGCAGGUAACAGAAGCUAGUGAGAAAGAAAAACUCUCUGCUCCAUUCCAAAGGCCAUCUUGUGGUCAGUUUCAUGCCCUCGCCUAAUUUUGUUUUUUUCAAUUCCUAGCCUUUUUUAAAUUUCCUGGUCUCCACUGGACACAGAGCAUUGGAGACGGAGGAUCCCAGAGGGCAGUCUCAGUUGCAACCAGUGUUUGCCCAGCCUGGGCAGACAGGAAAUUCCUCUGAUACAUUAUUUUUUCUUUCAUAGCUCUGUCUCAGAAAGGACCCAUUUGUGGCACUCAUUCACCUCAAAAUAAGAUCAAUGGUAUCUUAUAAAAUGAGGGAGUGUCACUUCUUAGUAUUUUUGAUGAUAACAGAUAUUUUUAGAAAGUUGUUUUAGAUUUUUUUUUUUUUCCUUUUCUAGCCAUCUAAAUUGACUCUUCCAUUAUAGGGCUCAGAAAUCCAAUAUCUGGAGUACAAUUUCUUUUAAUCCAUAUUAGACCUGCCUUACAAAGCACCCUUCCUCGUUCCCCUCUGUUUCCUCCACUUGGCUCGGGGAGCAACUCACAGCUCCUCCGGGAUACGUAUGUGCCCUCAGCAGCAGCUCCCAGGUGAAACUGCCAGAUCCCCGGGCUUCUCCGGAGCCUUUUCCGAAUUGAGUCAGACACGGAGAGGUUGCGUCGCACAGACAAGAGGAAUUUUCACUGGGCCUUACAAGGACACCAACCUAGGGUGCAGAUAGAUGGACUAUGGUUCAAGGACUCUGGAAUUGAGCUGAUCAAGGCUGUCUUCAGCCUUGCUCUGUCCCUGCCUCUUAUCAGGGCACAGGUACACACAGGGGUAGCCAGCCUGCUCCCACUGUCACAGGCACUUCCCAUUCAACCUUCCAGGAGAUCAGGGAUCUUCUGUGUGAGGCAAGAGGGUCUCAGUCUGCUUGAAUGGUGAUGAGAUUCUGCCGGAUCUCAGCACGCUGCAGGUGUCUUUUGAGAGUGUUCAGUAGGACAUGGUGAUCCCUAUUUCAGCAUCUAAGAUGACGGGUAUUGUAUCACAAAUGCAGAGAUUAAGCCAAAUACCUGAUGUGUUGUAAAAGCCACAGAUUUUAAGAACAGAGAAAAAGGGAUUUUUACACAUCCCUCUGUAUGAAUAUGAAAUCAGAUACCAGGGCAUCAUGCUGCUGCAAUGAGAGCCUCUCAGUCUGGCCUCCUCACCCAAGUGCAAGAACUCAGCCUCUUACUGUACAAAGAAACUUACAGUUGAAUUAUGGAGGGAAAUUCCCUUUCACCCCAAGGAUUUCUGGAUUUAAAGCAAUAUCCCAGGAAAAUAUGUAAGACAGGACAAUACCUUCAGCCACUUGAAGAAGACAUAGAAGUCACUCAUUCCAAAAUAAUCCUUAUUUCCCAUCCAUGUACAGGCUGAGCAUCCCUAAUCUGAAUAGUUAAAACCCCAAAAGCCCCCAAAUCCAAAACUUCUUGAAUGCUACGACACCAUGAGUGGAAAAUUCCACACCUAACACCUUUGCUUUCUGAUGGUUCAAUGUACACAAGUGUUUUAUACAGAAAAUUAUUUCAAAUAUCAUAUAAAAUUACCUUUAAGCUAUGUGUAUAAAGUGUAUAUGAACCAUAAAUGAAUUUUAUGUUUACACUUUGUGCCCAUCCCCAAAAUCUCUCAUUUUAUAUAUAUGCAAAUAUUCCAAGAUUAAAAAAAAAAAAAUCCAAGACCCAGAAUACUUCUGGUCCCAAGCAUUUCAGAUAAGGGAUAUCAAUCUGUACUACCAAUAAUGAUUUCUUAAUUCCCCUAACUGCAAAUGUCCUCUGCAUAUGUUCUUUGUGAGAAGAUCUGGGUAGUGCCAGCACCUGGAUACGGUAUUUACACACUGCAGACCCUAAAGAUUUCAGAUUCAAUUAGCAAACUUUGAUGAAGCACCUGCUGAGCACUGUGAGGUACCCAAAGGUCAAUCAGCCAUAAUCCCUGCUUUCAGUGUUUAUAUUGUACCUGCCUAAUCCACCCAGCAUAAAAUUUCUCAUUUCAACACUAAGUAUGAGGGGUGUUGUCAGGAGACAAAUCUGAAGUCAGAAGAAGAAAAUGCAGAGGAGCCCUGCCACAUGAUGGAUGUGCACUCUCACUUGGGUCUUGAAGUUCUCAUCCCUACAUCUCAGGCUAGCCAGGCCAUCUCCUCUCUAUCAGAAGAAAGCACUGGUAAAAGAUCUUGACCCAGGGCGACUUGGUCUUGCUUAAGAUGGCAUCACCAAUGUCCCAAAUCCUUUGGGGAGGAGGGGGUGUCCCCACAGAAAAAGAA